GCGAAGAAGAAGGAGACGGAAGCGACGGUGCGGUCUUGUUUUCGUUAGCACUAACACGCAGCGCUUCGGCUGCAAAAAUGCGCAUUGAAAAGUGCUAUUUCUGCUCGGGUCCGGUUUACCCCGGACAUGGGGUGAUGUUUGUACGGAACGACUGCAAGAUGUUCAGAUUCUGCAAAUCAAAAUGCCACAAGAACUUCAAAAAGAAGCGAAACCCAAGAAAGACAAGAUGGACCAAAGCAUUCAGAAAGGCAUCAGGAAAGGAGUUGACUGUGGACAACUCUUUAGAGUUCGAGAAACGCAGAAAUAUUCCUGUUAAAUAUAAGCGGCAGCUGUGGGACAAGACAGUGGAAGCAAUGAAAAGAGUGGAGGAAAUAAAACAGAAACGGCAGGCAAGAUAUAUCAUGAACAGAUUAAAGAAGGGCAAAGAGUUGGAGAAAGAAGAGGCAAUCAACGAAGUGAAGAAAAAUAUUCACCUUAUCAAAGCACCACAUGCAGGAAAAGCCAAACAGAUGGAAGACAAAAUGGUGCAGAGGUUACAGGAGGAUGUGGAAAUGGGGGAUGAGGAUGAAUAAUCUGAAGACCAGAUUUCUGUUUUUCUUUUGGACUCUAUUAUAUACAGCAGUUUUAUUUGGAGUUGAGCUUUCCAAAUAACAGAACACAUUAACAUUCAGAUUGCUGUGAAAGGACAGUACAUAUUGACCUAGCAGUGCCACUUACCCCUGACUUUUUUUUUUUAACUGUGUGGUUGUUAGAUUGACUGUAAAGAAUUUAGUUGAUCUCCUUGCGAAGCAAAAUGUGUUAAAGAGCAGAAAAUAUUAAAAGAUUACCAAAAAAUAAA